UUUUUCUUUCUUUUUACCCGCUGGACCAUUUUCCGUACAUAUUUAAAUAUAAAAAAGCGCUGACUUUACUCUUUCUCCUUACUUACAUUAUUCUUUUUUUUCUGAGCUCUUCAUUCUAUUUCUUGUAUUUAUUUAUUUUUUAAUUCCGCCACAGUCAUAUUGUUAUCGACCGUCUUAUAAUAUAAAACAAAGUUACCUCCACAAAACCGAUCAAUACAUUAUACAUACAACGAUGAUUGUCACCUCGAUUGUCCUCUCAGCAGUCUCAUCAGCAGCAUUGAUGAUGUCGAUCCUCACCGCGGGGCCGUUCCUCCCAAAGCAUAUGGACAGCCUUGAUGGCCUAGCAGAGAAAACACCACCAUCUUAUCUGCGACUCAACAAGCGGCGGAAGCGAAGGUUAGCAGUUGAUGAGGCUGUGGAGAUGGAAAAGUACUAUCGAGGAGCAGUAUGACAACUGGCAAUAAGGCCAGAAUUAAUGCGACCAGUGUAAAUAUUCUGGCAUCCUUCUUCCUCUGCAAAGCACAACAGCAUUGGACAGAAAAGAAAAAAGGGUACCAACAACAACAACACC